GCAUAUGAACCGUGAAGUCCGAGGCUCUGCCACUGAAUUUUUGUUCGUUCUCUUGUUUUCCGAUCGGAGAAGAUGCCAAAAGCAGGUCAACGACACCGUAUUGGUUACGCUCUGGAGCCAAAGAAGAUGCAGAGUUUCAUCAGCCCCUCUCUCCUGGACUACGCGAGCGAACGCGGCGUCGACUUGAUCCGUAUCGAUCCAGAGAAACCCUUGAGCGAGCAGGGACCGUUCGAUUGUGUGAUUCACAAGCUAUAUGACCCGGACUGGAAGAUUCAGUUGCGAAAUUUCUCUGCCAAAAACCCUAAUGUACCAAUCAUCGACUCCCCCGAUUCAAUCGAGCAGCUCCAUAACCGGAUUUCGAUGCUCGAGGUUGUGACGAAGUUGCAGAUUUCUAAAGGAUUCAAAGAUAUUGGGAUACCGAAGCAGGUUGUGGUUUUUGAUAAGGAGGGUUUUGUUGAUUCGGUUAGGGGAUUGAAAUUCCCGGUGUUGGCAAAGCACUUGAUGGCAAAUGGGAGUCCGGACUCACACAAAAUGUUACUAGUCUUUGACAACGAAGGGUUGGAGAAGGUAGAUACACCUGUUGUGUUGCAAGAGUUUGUGAAUCAUGGUGGGUCUAUAUUCAAGGUUUAUGUGGUUGGAGAGAAUGCGACUUGUGUGAAGAGGAAGUCCUUGCCUGAUAUAUCCGAGGAGAAGUUGAAAACGUUGAAUGGUUCUAUUUCGUUUUCGCAGAUAUCAAAUUUAGCUACUUCUAAUGCUGGUUGUGAUGAGGCCAAUGUUGAAAAGGUAGAAAUGCCUCCACUGGGUUUUGUUGUGGAGAUAGCGAGGGCAAUGAGGGAGGCUUUGGGGCUAAAUCUUUUUAAUUUUGAUGUGAUCAGGGAUUCUAGAGAGGAGGAUAGGUACCUUGUCAUUGAUAUAAACUAUUUUCCGGGGUAUGCAAAGAUGCCAUCUUUUGAGUCGGUUUUGACUGAUUUUUUCCUGGAAAUUGUGCACGAGAAGAAAUGUAAGGAGACUGGAGAGGUGGCUGAUGACAAUGUGGAGGAUACAAAUGGUGAAGUUUUGAGUUGAGAUCUGAGUAUGCAUACAAUGCGCGGGCCUUUUUAUAUCUUGUUCUUAAUCAAUAGGGUUUAUGGGUUUUUCCCAAGAAUCAUGCUGCAGGUUGAUUUCUGCAUAUCUGUAUUUUCUUCCACUAUGCCAAUAAUGUGGGACUCUUUUGAUACUUACACUGGCAGUUUCCUUGUCAUUGUCAUAACCAGCAGAAAUGUUGGCACCUUUAAUGCAUGAUGUUUUUGAGUUCUUUCUUAUGCAUCCAUUCCCUUUUCCUUA